AAAAUACUUUUAAAAAAAAUUUGUUUUUUAAAGAAAAACAAUCUGAUUGGUGCAAUUUGAGAUUAGGAGGACUUUUUUUUGAAAAAAAAAAUCUGAUUGGUAGUUUGAGAUUAGGAGGACUUCCGUACCCUACUCCUCCAUUUUUCACAGUUCUUUGUAUCAUCAACCCCUGAACCUCUGUUUCUUUUCUGCAAUCUGCAGUCAGAUCAGAUCUUUAGUAGCAAUCUCACAUGUGCGUGUUUGACAUUUAGACGUUAGUAUCAAGACAAUUUUCAUGAGUUGCAUAUCACUUUCAUACAGAAGUCAAAACAAAAAUAAAAAAACUCCGAAUUAAUCGCAUUCAUUCAGUAAUUACUCAACAUUUUCAAAUUUACAAAUAAAAAAAAUUUACACUUUCAAAAAAAAAAAGCAAUAAUUGUUUCAAUAACAAUAAUUGUAUUUUAAUUACUUCACUAAGACCAAAGACCUCACUUAGAAAUAAUAUAUAUAAAAUUUGCAUAUAAAAUAAAUAAAUUAAAUAAAUUAAUAUAAAUUAAAAGAAGUAAAUGAUUUCUUAAAAUUCACCCUGCGCUAUAUUGAAUAGAAAAAAAUAGGUUUUGAGAUUCUAUUCUCUCGAUAAUGGAUCUAUAUCAAGGAUCUAAUAUUUCAACUUCAAGAAUGGAAAAUUAUUUUGGAUUUCCACCAACACCACCACCUUGCCAUAUAGACAACGAAAAUGUCCGAUUACAUUCGAACAAUGAAUUUCCAUUUAAUUAUAAAUCAACUUGGGAUGCGAAUUUAAAUUCCAUUUCGAGUGUCGAGACUUUUCAACACGAAGUGGUUCGCGAAAUUUACACAUCCCGAUGGACAGAGAAUAAUCAGCAUGCUAAUAAUUUCAACGAGAAUCAUCAUCGACACAGAUGGGCCCAACAUUUCCAGCCAGAAUUGGAAAAUGUCACUCACAUGGAAUGUUUAAAGGGAAAUCGCGAAAUAUUAACAACAAUUUAUCCAGAGAUGCAAAAUCAAUUUCAAGAAAAAAUUCAUUCUCCGCCAACGAUAUUUCGCACCUGGGAAACCUCAUAUCCUCAAGAAACGCCACAGCUUGCGACUGACAGUGAAUUGAAAUACCGGUCACUUCAAGAGACAAUUGCCGAAUUCUCGAAAUUCCAGUACAAAGAAGAAAAAUGUCAAACUGAAAUUAUAAAAUCAGAUUAUGAAAAAUCGAAGCGCACCGGUAAUGAGAAGCUCCGAAAAGAAAGAACAGCUUUCACAAAGCAACAAGUCCGACACUUGGAAUCAGAAUUUGCUCACAGCAAUUAUUUGACACGACUUCGACGUUACGAAAUUGCCGUAGCUUUAGAUCUUUCGGAAAGACAGGUAAAAGUUUGGUUUCAAAAUCGUCGUAUGAAAUGGAAGAGAACGAAGAUAACGUCAGAAGUAUCAACAUCAUUAUAAAAUGAAAAUUAAAAAAAUAUAUUGUGAAUAUUAGU